AUGGACUCGCUCAGUGCUGCAAAUGCACAUUUCUGCUUUGAUGUCUUUAAAGAAAUGAGCUAUGACCAUACGGUUGAGAAUGUCUUCUUUUCUCCCUGGGGUCUCCUGUCCACCCUGGCUGUGGUGCUGUUUGGGGCCAGAGGCAACAGUGCAUCUCAGAUGGAAAAGUGUGGACAAGAUACAGGAGUCCAUUCAUACAUCCAAACCCUCCUCUCUGAAAUCGGCAAGUCCAAUGACAGUCAAAUUCACAUCGCAAGUGGAAUGUUUGCAGAUUCAGGCCGUCCAUUUCUCCCGAAAUAUUUAGACUGUAUUGAACAGCUAUACAAAGUGAAGCCUGAAGUUUUGGAUUUUAAAAACAAUGUGGAAGAAGCCAGGAUGCAAAUAAACUCAUGGGUUGAAAACAAGACAAAAGGUGAAAUCAAGGGCCUCUUAUCAUCCAAGGACAUUGUGUCUUCUGAUCAGUUGGUGCUGGUCAAUGCCAUCUCCUUCAGAGGAAACUGGAAACAUGCAUUUCAGAAGGACCAAACCAAAACUAUGACUUUCAGGCUGGAUGAGUCCCAGAGCAAACCUGUGCAGAUGAUGUGGCUGCAGGGUCGCUUCAAGCUGGGCUCCAUAAAGCAGCCUCAGGUGCAGGUUCUUGAGGUGCCUGACGCAGAGGGUUACCUGAGCAUGGUCAUCGUCCUACCCAGAGAGAACGUGGGCCUGGGACAGGUAAAGGGCUGA